AUGGAGACAUACGAGACUAGCAUUGGGACUCAGUCUUAUCCCCCGACUUUGUUCCCACCUCCCCUGGGUACCGGUGGGUUUACCACUUCAGGUUAUAUACAUGCGCUUGUGGAUUCUACAUCGAACUCGAACUCGAACUCGAACACAAAUUCGAACACAAAUUCGAACACAAAUUCAAAUUCAGAUACCAAGAUUCCUAUAGUGCAAAUAUCGGAUGACUCUCAUAUAACACACGACAGCUUCAAACCAUAUAUGGAGUACCACGAUGCUUCGCACUUGAGGAACCGUAACAUAAGCAAAGCGGACCAGGUUGAAAGCACUGAAGUGAUGGAACAGUUUACGCAAUGGUCGAAUUAUAAGAUGAGGUCUCGCUCUCCUACCAUAAACGCAAAGCCAAUUCGACACACUUCACAACGAAGAACAGACUUUACCAGCAAAAAUGAACUCUCCAAGUUCAGCAAGAAUCAUAAUUUCAUUUUUCACAAAGGGUUUUUGAAGAGGCAACACUCCAUACGCAGGGAAGACAGGCAAGCAAAGGUACGGUCAAGAUUCAGGAGCAAGAAGGAGCUGACAUCCGUUUUGAACUAUAUAGAACUGGAACAAAUGGAUAUUGCAAAUGUCCUGGCUUCGCAACCGGUAAACUUACACGCUAUCAGAAAUCUCACUAGCAGGGACCCUGCGGUAACUCCUAUCCCAUUUUUAAGAAGCCAGAUGUAUGCAACCAGUAGUCGUCCACCGUAUCUAAGGAACCGCUCCAUAAGUAGGAAACUACCCAAAUCACAACCAGGUAGUCUCCCGACGACUAUGCCUGCGACGGCGACGAAAACAAUUAAACAGAAUUCAACGACCCCAACCACAAGAUCUGUUUAUAACAAGAAUGUGGGGCGGUCCAAUACUUCCCCUAGUGUGUUGUACCACCCAAAAAGAAGAGGAAAAUUGAACACCAAAUCGCAUGCAAGAAAGGAGCAACUGCUGUUGGAACUGUGGAGAGAAUACUUAAUGCUGGUUAUAACACAGAGGACGCAACUGCGCCUGACUUUGCUUUGCUCUCCGGGUUCAGCAUCGAAUGAAAGCUCUGUCUGCUCUUCUAACGCCAGCGACUUAGACAUGUCCCUUUUAUCUACUCCUUCAAGUCUCUUCCAGAUGGCAGGUGAGACCAAAAGCAAUCCUAUAAUUAUACCCGACAGUCAAGACGAUAGUAUACUUAGUAGCGACCCCUUUUAA